AGUGGCCGGAGUCAUUUACAGAUAUACUCAGGGUUGCAAAGAGUUACGGGACUUUUCAGAGCUUGAAAAUCAACAGAUCAGACUGAGGACUGAGGAAAGAGAAAGGUUAACGCUUCUUCAAGAAACACUGGAUUGUUUAUUAUGGCGGGUUUUGCUGCCUCUCUCCUUCUUUUAUCAGGAUUUAUCAACCUCUCAACGGCAAAAGACAGCUGUGAUCUCUAUGCUGCUGUUGAACAGAAUGUGAACCUACCUUUUAUCUACGAGGGACUCAUGACCUCCCAUACGUUGAGGUGGACUCACAACAACAGCAUCGUUUUCUACAGACAGCAAGGCAGAGUGUCUGUUGGAAAGUCAGGGGACAUCACUUCAACUGGGUCUCUUAUUCUGAAAAACCUGAAACACUCAAGUGCUGGACACUACCAAGUAAAUGUGCUGCACUCUAAUGGCACAUUUGCUAAAACAUGGAGUGCUCAAGUCUGCAUGAUGGACAAGGUAUCAAAACCCAAGCUGGUCUAUAGCUGUGACUUCAAGUCCAGUGCUGUGAAUUUUAUCUGUGAAGUGGCUAAACCUCAGGGUUUGGAGUUCUCAUGGACGCUGGAUGAAAAGACCCUAAUGAGUGAAAGAAAACAAACACUGAGUAUAUCACUGGCCCAGCUGAAAGGAGAGAGGAGCUUCACCUGCAGCGUGGAAAACAAAGUCAGCAAAGAGAGGAGUGACAUUGUUCGUCCAGUCUGUAAAACUCCUCCAACACCAUCCACGCCAACAGUACUCUGUUUUAAAUCUAACGUCGUCGUAGCUGUGCUCGGAGCAGCAGCAGGUCUCAUUCUGCUUCUUGUCAUCAUCAUUGUCAUCUUAUGUUGCUUCCAGAAACGCAACAGAACCCCAACGAGACCCGUGGAUAGAGGGGAGCUCAGGAUGCUUUCUUUGAGCAAACGAGAGCCAAACUCCAUCGGCCCGGAGUAUGAGACCAUGCAUCCGAUGGAGGACUCUCCAACUCCGAGCCCGGAGCCCUCAGCCAGAGUUUGUUAUGAGAAUGUUUCUCAGCCUGAAGCUCAGACUGAAAACAGGCCUGCACAGCUGUCAAAUGAUGCUGAGGGACAACGAGCCUCACCGGUGCCAAAGCCAAGGACGAAGAACCCCCAGACACAAAACAGCUAAGGUUUGCCCUCUUUUACCGUCUGAGGAAGUAUGAGAAAAAGACACGUUUCCUUCACACACCACUGAACCAAAAUGCAGACAACCACAAAGGAAAAUGACUUUUGAGGAUUUAUUGCUGUAACAGUUUGUAUUACAUAUUUAUAGAUGCAGUCGUUUCCCAAUAGAACUAACUUUUCAGUCUGAUUCAUAGCCUUCAUCAGGAUGUGCUGUCUGUACAGGAGAACUUGAGGCAGAAAAAUCUUAGCAACUUUGUAAGUAAUCUCUUCCCCUCUCUACUUUGAAGUUUUGUUUUAAUAUUAAAGAUUUCACCUUCUACCAGUUUGGAUUUCAUGUUGAGGAGGAAUUUGAAAGAGAUUGUCUAAUUCCUAGUACACAUGAGGAUACAAGAACUUGUUUUUGAUGACUUUCAUUAUUAUCAUUGUUUUUCAGAUGUAUGGAUAUCAUUGUUUCAUCAUGAUUAAUCUCUGAAUUUCAACUCUUCAUCAUUUUAAUCAUGUUUAAAAUGUCAUUAUUUUGCAUUUCAAAACUGUUUUAGACUUUAUAUUAACAAUGUACAGCAAUUCUCAGAAGUGUCUUGAUUUGGGACGAAUGAAUGCAAUGAAAUGUGCUUUAUGAUCUUGACUUUGAGAUUGAUUAAUCAAAUAAAUGCUCCACUGCCUCACCA